AUGCUGCUCUUCGGCAACCCCAAACCCCCUUCGAAUCUCAAGCCUCUCGCACCCAAACCCUUGUUCGGGGCGCGGACUCCGCAAACACCAGCCAUUGUAAAACCGACAAGCCGGGUACGUACACCCCAGGAUCCGCGUGCUAUAUUGGCGCAAACUCUUACUCCUGCAAUCGCCGUCCCCGACCUGCAAGAUGAACCGCCCUUGGAAGAGCGAAUUCUCCAGCAUCGCAAAACCCAGGCUUUGAGUCCAGAACUUCUGGGCCCGGCUAUCGGCACGUUAUGGGAUCAGAUAGAAUUCGACGAAGCCUACAGCGAGCGUCUACAAUUGCUGGACGCACAGAUCGCGGCAGCUGCAGCAGCAGCCCAGGAUUCCCAGCCACUAGAAAUCCCGACGUUCACUCCAUCACCAGCCGAUCUUGAAAUCGAUAUGUCUGCUUCCGCGGAUAUGCUGAAGCUCGAACCAAUUGAAGAACGGGAGGUCGAGCUGGUCGAUCGCCAACGGGACAUCAAGCGACUUAUAAAGCGUGUGCGGAAGCUCCAGAGUCGCUUUGUCGAUAUCAGAUAUAAUAUCGUCAUACAUGACAUAGCAGUGACCAGUUUUUUCGAUACUGUAUUGAAAAGGUUAUAUCAUGAUGGUAUUUAUGUUACCAGGGUGCGAGAAUUGCCACGGUUGCCUCGAACAAUGCAAUCAAAUUUUCGCAAAUAUGAUAGGUUAUUGGGUAUGGAUAAGAGAAUUAUCUCUUUGGCAGGCCACAUGUGGCGGAAGUACUUGGGCACCGGAUUAUACCUCUCUGAGCACGCUACUGUUCCUAACGCCUGGAAUUUCGAGGUUUUGUCCACUUCCAUGAGUGAUGCUUUUAUUCAAUACCGCAACACAAUUGGUGACACGAUCGAUGAAAUCAACAACAUGAUCGGGGGACUUCUAUCCAGGCCGCGAAAGCGCAGUCAACACGCGCACAACCAACAACUAGUCACGAUGCUGGAGAACAGCCUGGCGGUACAUGCUUCAGCGAAGAAUGACUUAUGUCAAGAUUUCGGCCCAUUCUAUUCUUACGCCCUUUACCUUUUCUAUUCUAGACAACCAACAUCCAGUAUUUACUGGAAGCAGUGGGAGGUUAUUUCCCCUUUCAUUACCUCACGGGCCCUCAUACUUUCAAUCAGGGGUGCUUUGAGUGAUGUUCUCAAUAUCCUAGACAUUGGGAAACGGGCAGGUCACAGAAUACCGAUAAAACUUGAAGACUCUCUCUGGAAAUGGUAUAGGGAAUUUCCCAUUUUAUGGAUGGAUGAAUUCAUCGUGGAACUUGAAGCGUUUAUUGAGCUUAAUUUCCUUCGCCUCCAAACCGAAGAAAGGCUCUCCCGGCUUGAUUUAAACGUCAAUGCAAGGCCGUCUGUUGUCUUUCCAAAUCAAACUGAUAUGGAAAAACUUCGUAACUGGGCUUUGGGACUGGAAAGAAUCACUGGACCGGGGAAUAACUUUAGUCUAGGAAACUCCGAUGUAGAUACAUCUCGAAAAGUUACGGACAGUAAUCGUUGGCUUCGUAUCCAGCAUGGAUCCAAAACUAUCAGCAUCACAGCCAGCGAAGAGGAAAUCCGAAUCUGUCAUCAGGCCAAAGGCAGGUACGUUGGCGUUUCUGGCUCCUCCACACAGACAUCCAACGGUCAAGCUGAUCCGUCUCCGUCAAAGUACUGGAGCUAUAAUCUUAAUAAAACUCCGGAUGGCAAAGAAAUCACUGUUCACUAUUGCACUUCCCUUCAAACUAUGGAACGAGUAGCAAAGCUUUUUUUGUCCGAAACUAUUGUCGGCCUUGAUGUUGAAUGGAAAGCCCAAGCCUCUGCUCAAGAUUCACUUGUGGAUAAUGUUUCUGUGAUACAACUUGCGAGCAAGGAGCGAAUCGCCAUAUUUCACCUGGCUUUAUUUAAUCCUGCAAAUUCACUACAGCACCUUCUGUCUCCUACUCUUAAGAGAAUACUAGAAUCUCCCGAUAUAGUCAAGGUUGGCGUCGCUAUCAGGGCAGACUGUACACGCCUGUAUAAAUAUUUGGGCAUUCGGACAGAUAACAUUUGCGAAGUCAGUCGCUUGCACAAAGUAGUGAAGCACCACCUAAACCCAAAAUUGAUCGACAAGAGAUUAGUGAAUCUCGCUCAGCAGGUGGAAGAGCAUUUAGGCUUGCCACUUGACAAGGAUCCUGAAAUCAGAUGUGGUGGCUGGUCGAAAAAGCUCAAUUACCGUCAAGUACAAUAUGUUGCAACAGAUCCAUACGCCGCCUUGCAGCUUUUCCAUGUCUUAGAAGCCAAAAGGCUCCAGUUGACGCCUGUUCCACCGAGGCCGGUCAACCCAGUCAUCGUCUAUACUACCCCAGACUCUAUUGCGAAAAUUCAUCCAAAAAGCAGUUUAACGCAAAAUGAAGAAGCCCCCCGAUCCGUGUGA